UCCAUUUUUAUUUAGAUAGAGAUAAAUUUUCAAAAUGGAUAUUUGGUGGCCACUCUGAUAUUGAACUAACAUUUAUGCCGUAGAAACGAAGAAUUUAAUACAAUAGAAUCUUGUUGUACUUGAUUAUUACUAGUCACUGACUAGCAUCUGGCACCCCUGCUUCCAUAGAGUUACCAGCUAAGGCCUUCAGCCAGUGCACACAUUUAGUACCACAUAUGGCUCUCUUUGUUUUCCCCCGCGCUCAUCUCCGACUUGCUGUGGUUGUUGCAUGUGUAAUAAAUUUUCCCCACUUCGAUUCAGCCCGUGAGCAGCGAUCCUUUCGUUGUGUUGAGCACACAGAUUAGAAGCGCCUCUGUACCCUCUCCACCCCCUGCUGCCCCUCUUGAUAGUUGAGCGCUGGUUUGGCGGCUGCCGGGAGAAUCGGACAUGCAGGCCACUUCGCGAGAGCGUCUGCCAACAUUCUUCCGUCAACACGCGUUCGGUUCGGACCUUCAUUUCGCGCGCGCCGGGAUUCCACGCGGCUUCUUCAACGGCCAUAAGGGAAGUCUGGGCUAGACCAGAAAGAACUACUUCAUCCUGCUUACUCUGGCUGUUCCUCCUGCUGGUGGGGAGUUGUGCAAGUUGUUUGAAAAUCAGUAGCCAAAAAGUGGAACGGGACUUAUUUUUAGGUGCCCAUUCAUGGGAAGAUAACAUUUUUCGACGUCUACGGCUAAUGACGUACGUGUGCGGCUAAACUAUUUUAGGUGCUAUUUUUUUCGGUUGGAUGCCCUAGAAAAGACUUGUGAGUGAGUGAAAUCGGACUAACGCCAAGUGCGUGCAAAACCAGAGACAAUUAUCCGCCGACAAACUCGGGAGUGGCGAAGAGUGUGCGCACCGGAGGAAACGUGAACAAAUCGAUAUUACUAGCUGCUGGCCGUUUUAGGAGGGAGAAGCAAUGGGGUACGACGAGGUGCUAACGCAUUUGGGCGGUUUUGGCCGGUAUCAGAAGAAAAUCUACGUUCUGCUGUGUCUACCGGCAAUUAGCUGUGCCUUCCACAAGCUCGCUGGAGUGUUUCUUUUGGCGACGCCAGACUAUCGGUGCCAAUUGCCGUUCGAAGCGGACAAUGUCACGUACCAACUUCCGCCGGAACUGAUGUCGAUGGCCUACCCUAUGGAUUCAUUCUCGAAAAAGUACUCCACGUGUACGUAUCUGGAUGCAAAUUUCACCGAUGAGUAUAUGAACGGAGGGACUCCGGCAAAGGAAGUGGCCAGCUGUGACCAUUGGAUCUAUGACAGGUCCAAGUUCGAGAGCAGUACGGUCACCGAAUGGGAUUUGGUGUGCGACCGCAAUUGGUUGCGAGCAUCAGCUGAUUCCCUGUUCAUGGUUGGAGUCAUGUUGGGCAGCAUCAUCUUUGGAUGGCUAUCGGACAAGUACGGUCGCAAGCCCAUAUUUUUCGCCUCGUUGGUUACCCAAGUGAUCUUCGGAGUUUUGGCUGGAAUUGCGCCGGAAUUCUUCACGUACACCAUAGCACGAAUUUUGGUCGGAGCAACGACCUCAGGGGUGUUCUUGGUGGCCUACGUAAUUGCUAUGGAGAUGGUUGGACCAAAAGACCGCCUCUACGCCGGAGUUGUAUGCAUGAUGUUCUUCUCGGUGGGUUAUAUGCUGACGGCAGGCUUCGCUUACUUCAUCCACGAUUGGCGUACGCUUCAGAUUGCGCUUACUUUGCCCGGAAUCCUGUUCAUGACCUACUGGUGGUUGAUCCCAGAAUCUUCUCGGUGGCUAAUUUCCAACAACCGCCCAUCGGAAGCAAUCACCCUUAUUAAAAAAGUCGCCAAAUCCAACAAAGUCACCGUUCCGGAAGAUGUUCUGGAUAAGUUGGUUGAAGAGGACAAAGCCGCAUUGGAAUCCGACAAGAACGAACCCAAACCGUCGUUGAUCGAUGUCUUCAAACAUCCGAAUCUCCGCCGUAAAGCCCUACUGAUCUUCUUCGAUUGGUUCGUCAACAGUGGCACGUACUACGGACUGUCCUGGAACACCAACAAUCUCGGUGGAAAUCCGUUGCUCAACUUCGUGAUCAGUGGUUUUGUGGAAAUCCCGGCUUACAGUUUCCUUUUGCUAACCCUGAACCGUUGGGGUCGUCGUACCAUCCUGUGUGGUUGCAUGAUCUUCGCCGGUGUGAUGCUGCUAUCGACGAUGCUCGUCCCGAGCAAUAUGCCAUGGCUUAUAGUUGUGUUGGCCAUGCUCGGCAAAUUGGCCAUCACUUCCAGUUACGGAACGGUGUAUGUCUUUUCCGCCGAACAGUUCCCCACCGUCAUCCGGAAUGUGGCCCUUGGGGCUGCCUCAACAUCCGCCCGAGUCGGAGGCAUCCUGGCGCCGUACUUCAAUCUUUUGGGCGACUACUGGAAACCGCUGCCGCUGUUGAUCUUCGGUGCCAUGGCGUUCGCCGGAGGUCUCCUGUCGUUGAUGCUGCCGGAAACGCACAACCAGAAGCUACCGGAAACGAUUGCCGAUGGGGAAAACUUUGGCAAGGUGAAAGUCAUGCCCGGCGAAGAGGGUCGCCGGGGGGACGUGGAGAACAAGACUGCCGAAGAGAUGCAGGUGCUGAAUGCUGCCCACCUGAAUGGGGACGCACCUCGCUCCGUGGUGGAGAAUGCUAACGAGAAGCGAGCUGCGAAUGAUGAGGACGAGUAGGAGCAGUUGUACGAAAGAUGACAAGUAGGGCAGCCCGCGAGGUGCCAAGUAUUACGUAUCUCUUAGGAACUAUUGAUAGAUAGAUGUCUGUGUGUUUGUGUACGCUAGGCUAGGUGUAGAUUAUUUAUGUAAACUAAAAUUCAAUCAGAACGCAGAUUGAUCGGUUCUUCAAGUGGAAGUUUUGGAGUGGCUAUCGUUUCGCAAUGUAUUAGCUCUCAAGCUUGGGGUGGAAAAGAGCGACAGGUAGAGGAGGAUAGGAAGCGUUUCAACGUAGAUUUUCCCUCGUCUCGGCAUGAUUGGUUGGUGGGCAUAUCGUACGAUGGUUUUCGAUUUCCAUCUCUACCUCCAUUAUUGUGGUCGUCAUUCUCUCUCCCGAGUCAGAUGCCAAUGAAUGAUGGGUGGUUGUUGCUGACUGCCGGCAGUGUCGGUUAGUCGUGCCGGUAUUCAGGGGAGGAACUGCCGGUCUCUUUUUCAGAGUUGUUGCAUUCUGGCACGAUAAUUGCGACAUGCCGGUCUGUGGAAAGCGAGUUUUUUUUCAUAUUUCUCUUUUGUGCUUGUUGUGCAGAAAAUGGGCUGAUAUUUGUGAUUAUGAUUUGCCCACCUGGGAUGAAAGAGGUACCUAAAUGAGGUAAAAGCUUUGUACUUUGAAGAUGUAAGAUGUUAAGGGGCAAUCGCAGAUGAUUCUUCGAAGCAUUUUGAAAGUUAGUCUAGGUAAAACUCAAAAAUACCUUUGAGCAUGAAGUUUGUACUGCUUUGCGUAUAAUAAGUACACACUUUGAAUAAUUAUUCUGUCUUUUCUCAAUCAACUAAAAGGUCGGAUAAAAGGGCAUGUUUUAGAUUAAUCAGCUAAUUUUUUAAGUAAUUAAUCGAACUUUAUAAUCUACAUGAAGUUCGUUGAGGUUGCUUAUAUUUUCCUCUUCAAGUAGGUAAGACGUUCAAUUCAAUCUUUUUAUGAACUUUCUAGUUGUUGAUGCGUUUACGAGUUACUUUUCCGAGGAUCAAGUUCUGGUAAUAUCUAUAGUGUUCAGGGAAAAAGUUUCAUUUAAAAGCAGAUUUAACUAUGGAGUUCACUACUUAAGUUCAAUCCGAAUUUUGUAUCAAAAUUUAGCAUUUUUUCUAGGUGAAAGCGUUAAUAAAAUGCUAAAAACAACGGCCUUUAAUUUUUCAGUGAUAAUGACAUUGACAUGCAUAUUUGUAGCUACGGUCAAAAUGUUUGAAUUUAUAAUAAGUCGAAGAUUUAACCAACAUUUGAGAUUUUGAAGAAAUGCAAAGAGACAACCGCUAUUCCAAAAAAAAAAAAAAACAGUGAAUACUGCAUAUUACCAGAUCUUUAUCGGAAAUUGGUUUUAUGCGAUUGAGAGAGAAGUUGAUAUUAAUAUCAGUUCAUGUUCAAGGUCAAUAUCAAAGGUGAAAAUUUUGAGAAGUUGGUAGCAAUAAUUCAUAACUUAUUUAAUUUUCACCAAAUUAACUCUUUUUGUGGCAAUGGCGUCGCGGACCCUUUGAGAGUUCGUCUGUUGGUCUGAGGACCCCCGGUUGAGAAACGCUAAUUUAAGGUAUGGCUUCGAUUCAUCUUCAAUCUAAUGUUCUAUAAGUACUUCUAUUGAUUAUUUUCGCUUUUGUAUAAUGUGGUAAAAGCACAAAGAUACACUAUGUGCCAGAAAUUUGAGAAAAUUUUCAACCUGAAAGGAUCCUCGGCCUGCGGGGUUUGAAUCCUCGACCCUCAUCAUAGUCAUGAUGAAUAGCUGCUGAAAUACCGCUAUUGGAGAUUAAUGGGGCUUAAGAUUACAUAACUAUUAUCAAUGUGUACAAAUCGAGAGCUUAAUGUUUAAAACCAAUAACAGUGCCGGCCACGUUUUUGGUAAUCGUUGAAGGGAAGAAAACGGUUGUUAGACAACCAUUGUUAUCAUUGACCGAGAUUACCUCUGCAUCUCCACAGUUGUAAUGAAAAGGAUAUUGGGUUCGAGAUAUCUUGUAAUCUGGUGAUGCCAUCCAUGGUAUAUUGACGCGUAACCCGAUUCGCAAUAAUCCAAAUCCACGGAAGAAUCACCUAAGAAAUUUUUUGAUAAAUUUCUGGAGAUAUCCUAUAGAAAAACAGGAUGUAAUGGUGGUAUUAUUGAAAAUGUCCUGGAAGAACAUUUCGAAGGAGGUCCAAAGAUCGAAGACUCGCUGGAUGAAUUUCUGAAGAUUUAAGAUCUUUCUUGAGAUUUGUGCUUGGAAAGUCCUUGGAGGAAUCUCUGGUGUUAUUUUUGACGGUAUCUUUGAAAGAAGCUUGAUUUCUUGAAGGUAUACUGCCCAUAUUCGCAUAACAGUCCCAUGUCGACUUAUGAGCGAUUUGUGUAUUUUGCAUAAAUCAACUCAAUGUUGUCAAUGUUGAAGCUCAAAAAAAAAAUGGCAAAAAAGUAGCCUUUGUUCCUAGUUUGUACAAAAACAAACCCCACUUGUGUUGUUACAUAAGCUCUUGAAAGGAUCCUUUCAAAAUUACAUUUGGUUUAAACUAGAAUAUUCUUUGAACUAGAAUUUAUGAAAAAAUCUUUCGAUAAUUUCAAAAUACCUCUCGAAACUGCCUUUGAGAUUCCUUCAAAAAUUCCUCUAAUUUCACUUCAGAUUUUUUUUUAAAUGCUAAGAUUAUUCUAGGCUUCUUACAGGAAUUUAAUUCGACCUGAUGCAAGCAUUUUCUAUAAUUUAAUCAUCCCAUAGGCAUAGGAAUAAUUUUAGAUAUUAUUCACGAUUUCAUCGAAUAUCAUUUAUGAAUACUUCUAAGAACAUAAAUAAAAAUACGGAAACUAAAGAAAGUUUAUAAACAUAUUACUUUAUCGUUCUCAUAUUAUAAAUAUUUUUUCAUAACAAGUCCUGGUCAAAUUCUUUAAGAAAUGCCUGUAAAAUUUCUGAAAUAUUUCUAUAAAAAUAUUCAAAACACUUCUGGAUGAAAUUCAAUUUUAGGAAAAUCCCGGUUGAAACAUUCUAUGAAUUACACUUAAAUGAAUUCCAAGAAGAGCGUCGAGUCAAUUACUGAUGCUAUUUCGAUGGAAUUUCUAAAAAAAAAACUGAAAUGAAUUUUCAUGAUUUUUUUUAAGGAAUUUCGGUGUCCUAAGAGAAAUUUUAAGCAGUGUUGUGAAAAACUCAAUUUCUCACAACUCACGCUUGAGAUUUUCAUGCGUGAGUUGUCAAUCACGCAACUCAGCAGUCAAAAAAUCAUGGAUGAGUUGGCUCACAUUUUUCACUCAUUGUCUCGUAUUUCCACAGUUUACUCACAAACGGCAAUAAUUUCUUGUUAGUCUGGUAAAAUUAUAGUAAUCCUUUCUAUCGUAAACAACAACAUUCGGGUUUCAUGAGUUUUGGCCGGGUUUUGCGACUGAAUCAUUUUUUACGGUUUGAGUUGAUUGAGUUGAUUUGCAUCAAAAUAUCAAGCGUGAGAUUUGUGUAGUAGAUCUCUAAUGAGUUUGCUCUCACGGGAGAGCGUAUUGAUUGACAUUUGAGUGUGAGUCUAUCAACACUGAUUUUAAGAUAAUUCAACGGUCAUUUACAUCUAGGAUUCAGGUUGAUUCCGGUUGUCUUACUGGACAGAGCAAAAUGGCCGAUACGAAUCGAAUCAUCAGAUUUUUUCCAAUAAGUAAUUCUCCAAGACGCUAAAUGGACCCGUUACUCAAGACGCGUUUAGGACCUUUCUUUGCUUACUGUGAAAAGGUAGGGUGGAUAUCCUGCAUAGUUCAAUGUUUCAUGCUGGAAGAGUGCAGAGGCAGUGUAGAAAGGUCGUUUCGGUGCGAAACUUGAGAAUUGUGAGGGCCGGUCUUCUCCCCCUGAUAAACAAAAAAAAAA